UGCUUUUUCAACUACGGAGAGGUGAUAUCAGGUGGUAUGCGCUCUUGAAAACUGUCAAGAACCAUAUAAGAGACGUAAAAAGUCAGAGACAAAAUGACCGAGCACAAAGAAUAACCAUACGUUAAUUAAAGUACUUUCAAAAAGCAUAAGUUGUGUAAAACAGUUUACUGUAAAAUAUGACGUGGACGGAGUGGACAUGCUUCGGUUGAAACAGGUGCAUUGACUAGCCUCUAACACCAGCUGCGCUGAAAAUGUGAUUCAUCGUUUUGACGACGUGCGUGCUCUGUAUGAAGAUAGUCUGUGAGACAGCGAGUUCACUUGGCUGGCAGCCAUGAAGAGGAACAAGCAGAUCAACAUUAAGGGUGCUCUAGUCCUCUCCAGCAUCUUCCACUUCCUGUAUUCUUGUGCCAGAGCCUGCAUCCUCCCCUUCCUCACCCUGUACCUCAGAUACCUGGGCCUCACUCCCUCCAUGACGGGCCUUCUCAUGAGCACCAAACAUCUCAUCUCCCUGGUCUGGAGCCCUCUGGCCAGCUUUCUGUCCAAACACUACAACAAGAGGAGGGCUGUGAUUACAGGGUCUCUGGUCUGUUCAGCAGGGGCAGCCCUCGUCCUCCUGCUUAUCUCAUCCACAGGCGUCGAGACGCUGACCAGUCACUGCAACAUCUCUCACCUCAGUGUGAGCCCCACUGAAGAGCUGAGUGACUAUGUGCGUGUUGUUGGCAGUGUAAUGCCUACCASCCACACUACCAUUUUGUCCCAGUCAGCAACACAUGAAUCUUCACCUACGGAGACAACCAGUUACACUGUGUCUUCCGCUGUUUCAAUGAGCAAAGCCACAACCUACACUCUCCAGCUGCAACAUUCCAACAAUGUGACUUCUCAAUGGUCACAAGUGAAUGUAUCUGUGGCCAACCACAGUAUAGGAGGGGAGAGAAAUGGCUUAGAGUCCCACCACGGUGCCUCCAACACUUCGCCCACAGUGAGGAGGGUUAGCAGGUCAGCAGAAAAGAAGAAGCAGAGGGAGAAGGAUGAGGCCCGCUUAGAGUUCCUGGGAAACCUCAAAGUUAUGGACGUCCAGCACCAGCUCUUCUUCAUGCUCCUCAUCGUGGUGUCGAUAUGGGAGCUGAUGGCCGCCCCUCUGGAAUGGACCGNUAUUUUAGUUGUCAUCCUCACGCCCUGA